AUGUCGGCAGCUUUCCCGGGCCAUGUGCGUCCUGAUGAGUCUUCUGUCGCACCGGAAUCUAGACAACAACAUCGCCUAAGGACGGAAGCCAUUCCGCAACUCGAUUCUCAGAUGGAACAAGCCUCGCAGUCGAGACCGUCGCGAGAGCCAGUCUCGGGCGAUCUCAAUUCGAUAGCCCAUGCGAAUCGCCCUGUAGAUACUGGCCCAUCAUUGCCGGUGAAGCAGAAUGAUCGCGGGGGAGUCCAGGAGGUGAACAAGCGGAGUCUGGACUAUGUGUUGCGAAGUGGGCUCGCGGGGGGUCUGGCGGGGUGUGCGGCCAAAACGGUUGUCGCGCCACUCGAUCGCGUGAAGAUUCUGUUUCAGGCGUCGAAUCCGCACUUUGCUAAAUACACAGGCAGCUGGUUCGGCCUUGUAUCGGCAAUGCGGGAUAUCCAUCGACACGAGGGCGCGCGAGGUCUGUUCAAGGGCCAUUCCGCCACGCUGCUGCGGAUCUUUCCCUAUGCCGCGAUCAAGUUCCUCGCGUACGAGCAGAUUCGCGCUGCGGUCAUCCCGUCGCGCGAUAAGGAAACCCCGUUCCGCAGACUCAUCUCGGGGAGCCUUGCGGGCAUCACAUCGGUGUUCUUCACGUAUCCGCUCGAAUUGAUCCGAGUGCGCCUUGCGUUCGAGACGAAGAAGUCCUCGCACUCGUCGCUCGUGGGUACCUUCCGGCAGAUCUAUAACGAGCGGGUGCGGCCGCCCUCUGGCCCCAGUGAACUGGCCGCGGCCAAAAGCGCACCAGCCGCGGCCGUCGCUACCGCUGAGAAUGUAUCCUCUGCGGUGAACAAGGUCGUCCCCCGGUACGGGUUGUCCAACUUCUACCGCGGCUUCGCGCCCACAAUUCUCGGCAUGCUACCCUACGCGGGCAUGUCCUUCCUCACCCACGACACCGUUGGCGACUGGCUUCGCUCCCCGGCCCUUGCUCGCUACACAACUAUUCCUGGAUCGGAACAGAGCUCGCGCAGCCAGUCGCACAAGGGCUCGCGACGGCCACAGCUGACAGCCGCCGCGGAGUUAUUCUCCGGAGCGCUGGCAGGGCUUGUCUCGCAGACCUGCUCGUACCCGCUUGAGGUCAUCCGACGGCGGAUGCAGGUCGGCGGCGCGGUGGGAGACGGCCACCGGAUGAGCAUCGCCGAGACAGCCGGCAAGAUCUGGCUGGAGAAGGGAUUCCGCGGCUUCUGGGUCGGGUUGACCAUUGGUUAUAUCAAGGUGGUACCGUUGGCUGCCACGAGUUUCUUUGUCUACGAACGACUCAAGUGGUCAUUGGGGAUCUGA